UGUCAGAGAGACACAGAAAGAAGAAAGAGAAGGGAGAAGGAGAUAAGUAGAGGCAAACAGAGAGAGAAACCGACCAAGAGAGAGAAGAGCAGCUGUGUGAAAGAGACAACCCGAGAGAGUCAGGUCAGACACACAUCCAAAGACAGAACAAGAGCAGACCCAGGGAGUAGGAGAGAGGGGAGGAUGUGGAGCCAGUUCUGCGCACAACCCUGGCUCGGGGCUGAGGCGGGUCUCUGCUCCCAGGGAAGCCUCUCAGCCUUCCCCACAAUCCUUAAAUCCUCUCAUGAUUUGCGUCUGUCACAGCUGCAUCCUGACCCGACAGCGGCGGCCCCAAGGCUCGCAUUUCCCCAUUUCUCCCGGCAAGGCGCAGCCGGCGAGCCGAUGGCUGGGCCCCGGAGCAUCCUGGAGCCGGGGCUACUGGCGCAGCUGAUGCCAGUGCUGAUGCUGCUGCUGGCGUGGGGGGGCGCAGCGAGAGCAGCGGGCGCAGAGGGUUCCGUGCGCCUGGCAGGCGGCCUCACACUGGGCGGCCUGUUCCCGGUGCACGCGCGGGGGGCAGCGGGCAGGCCGUGCGGGCCACUGAAGAAGGAACAGGGAGUGCAUCGCCUGGAGGCCAUGCUGUAUGCGCUGGACCGCAUCAACGCUGAUCCCACGUUGCUGCCCGGUGUGCGCCUGGGCGCCCGGCUGCUCGACACCUGCUCGCGUGACACCUACGCGCUGGAGCAGGCGCUGAGCUUCGUACAGGCGCUGAUCCGCGGCCGCGGGGAUGGCGACGAGGCAGCCUUGCGCUGCCCUGGCGGCGUCCCCCCGCUGCGCGCAGCGCCCCCCGAGCGCGUGGUGGCUGUUGUGGGCGCCUCGGCCAGCUCUGUUUCCAUCAUGGUCGCCAACGUGCUGCGCCUGUUUGCGAUCCCCCAGAUCAGCUAUGCCUCCACAGCCCCUGAGCUCAGUGACUCCACACGCUUCGACUUCUUCUCCCGCGUGGUGCCCCCUGAUUCUUACCAGGCGCAGGCCAUGGUGGACAUUGUGCGGGCGUUGGGAUGGAACUACGUGUCCACGCUGGCCUCGGAGGGCAACUAUGGCGAGAGCGGCGUUGAGGCCUUUGUGCAGAUCUCCCGAGAGGCUGGGGGGGUCUGCAUAGCACAGUCCAUCAAGAUUCCCAGAGAACCAAAGCCAGGAGAAUUCAACAAGGUGAUCAGGCGACUCAUGGAGACACCAAACGCCAGGGGCAUCAUCAUCUUUGCCAGUGAAGACGACAUCAGGAGGGUCCUAGAGGCUGCACACCAGGCCAACCUGACGGGCCACUUCCUGUGGGUUGGCUCAGACAGCUGGGGAGCCAAGGCCUCCCCCAUCCUGAACCUGGAGGACGUGGCUGUGGGGGCCAUCACCAUCCUGCCCAAAAGAGCCUCCAUCGAUGGAUUUGACCAGUACUUCAUGACACGCUCCCUGGAGAACAACCGCCGGAACAUCUGGUUUGCAGAGUUCUGGGAAGAGAAUUUUAACUGCAAACUGACCAGCUCAGGUGCCCAGUCAGAUGACUCCACCCGCAAAUGCACAGGUGAGGAACGCAUCGGCCGGGACUCUGGCUACCAGCAGGAGGGGAAGGUGCAAUUUGUGAUCGACGCGGUGUACGCCAUUGCCCACGCCCUGCACAGCAUGCACCAGGAGCUCUGUCCUGGGCACACAGGCCUGUGCCCGGCGAUGGAGCCCACAGAUGGGCGGACACUGCUGCAGUAUAUUCGGGCAGUCCGCUUCAAUGGCAGCGCGGGAACCCCAGUCAUGUUCAAUGAGAACGGGGAUGCACCCGGGAGAUACGACAUCUUCCAGUACCAGGCAGCCAACGGCAGCGCAGGCAGUGGUGGCUACCAGGCGGUGGGCCAGUGGGCCGAGAGGCUCCAGCUGGAUGUGGAUGCCCUGCAGUGGACAGGAGACCCCCAGGAGGUGCCGCCAUCCCAGUGCAGCCUGCCCUGCCGGCCAGGAGAGCGGAAGAAGAUGGUGAAGGGCGUGCCCUGCUGCUGGCACUGCGAGGCCUGCGACGGGUACCGCUUCCAGGCCGAUGAGUUCACGUGCGAGGCCUGCCCAGGGCACAUGCGGCCCACCCGCAACCGCACAGGCUGCCGUCCAACGCCCGUGGUGCGCCUCACCUGGGCCUCGCCCUGGGCCGCACCACCGCUGCUCCUGGCGGCACUGGGCAUCGUGGCAACUGCAGCCGUCGUGGCCGCCUUCAUUAGGCACAACGACACACCCAUCGUGCGUGCCUCAGGCCGCGAGCUUAGCUAUGUGCUGCUCGCUGGCAUCUUCCUGGUCUACGCCAUCACCUUCCUCAUGGUGGCUGAGCCUGGGGCGGCUGUCUGCGCCGCCCGGAGGCUCCUCCUUGGCCUGGGCACCACCCUCAGCUACUCGGCCCUGUUUACCAAGACCAACCGCAUCUACCGGAUCUUCGAGCAGGGGAAGCGCUCGGUCACGCCCCCGCCCUUCAUCAGCCCCACCUCGCAGCUUGUCAUCACCUUCAGCCUCACCUCCGUGCAGGUGGUGGGAGUGAUUGUGUGGCUGGGGGCCCAGCCCCCACAUAGCGUGAUUGACUAUGAAGAGCAGCGGACAGUGGACCCAGAACAAGCCAGAGGGGUGCUCAAGUGCGACAUGUCGGAUCUGUCUCUCAUUGGCUGCCUGGGCUACAGCCUCCUGCUCAUGGUCACAUGCACAGUGUAUGCCAUCAAGGCCCGUGGUGUGCCCGAGACCUUCAACGAGGCCAAGCCCAUUGGCUUCACUAUGUACACCACCUGCAUCAUCUGGCUGGCUUUUGUGCCUAUCUUCUUUGGCACUGCCCAGUCAGCUGAAAAGAUCUACAUCCAAACCACCACACUGACUGUGUCCUUGAGCCUGAGUGCAUCAGUGUCCCUCGGCAUGCUCUAUGUACCCAAAACCUACAUCAUCUUGUUCCACCCGGAGCAGAAUGUGCAGAAGCGGAAGCGGAGCCUCAAAGCGACCUCCACAGUGGUAGCUCCACCCAAGGGUGAGGACACAGAGGCCCCCAAGUAGUGAGGUGGUGAAGAGGAUGGUCACUCCCUCUCUCUCCUUUUCUUUCCCCUGCAUCACAAUGGGAACUGGGAAGAAUCACUCAGAGGAGACCUCCCAGGCGGCCAUGCCCAUCUGGGAGCAGCUGGCUCUGGGAAGACCUAGAACAUGUGCCAAUUUUAUCCCAGCUUUUCUAUGCAUGUUCGUUGGUACCUUAUUUCCUCACUGCAGACUAGACUUUCCAUUAAUGGUGAGGAAUGGCCACACAGAUGCUUCUGCUUCUGGAG